AUGCAAUUCAGAAACGUUAUCGUCGCCCUUGCCGCCGUUGCCACCGUUCAGGCCGCUAACGCCUCCAACGCCUCCAACGCUUCCAACUCUUCAUCGAGCUCUGUGUCUACUGGUGCCGCCGCCUCCUCUGCUAUGGGUGCUGGUGUUCUUGGUGCCGCUGUUGCCGCCGGUGUUGCUUUGUUGUUCUAA